CUAACUCUCCUUAUUCACCUUCGAAACACUUUCAUCUCCUGUAAAAAUUCAUUGAAACUUGCUACUACUGCUCAAGAUGUCUGUGCGUAACGUCCACCUCCUCAUCCUUGUUCACGGGAUGUGGGGGAACCCAGCGCAUUUGGCGGAGAUGUGUCGUAUCAUUAAGGAGUCUAAGGGUCCUGACUCUCUCCACCAUUCGAAAAAUUCAACCUCGAAGGAAAGUGCCAAUGACGGUGAUGAUGUGGAGCUGGACGUGUUGGUCGCGAAGACGAAUAGGGACGAGUCGACGUAUGAUGGGAUUGAUUGGGGAGGGGAGAGGGUUGCUGAUGAGGUGCUGAAGAGAGUCGACGAGAUUGAGAAAGGCGGCGGGAAGGUGGUGAAGUUCUCUAUUGCGGGGUACAGCCUAGGCGGUCUUCUCUCUCGUUACGUCGUCGGUAUCCUCUACCAACGCAAUUUCUUCACUCACAUCAAGCCAGUCAACUUCGCCACUUUCGCAACCCCGCAUAUCGGGCUUGUUCGGGCUGCGUCGCUUUGGUCGACCAUCACCUGGUUUUUGGGACCGAGGAUGUUGAGUCGGACGGGAGAGCAGUUCUAUGCGGUUGAUAAGUGGGGUGUGAGUGGACGGGCUCUGUUGGAGGUUAUGGCUGAUCCUAAGGAGAUAUUCUACCAAGCUUUAUGUCUGUUCGAGCAUAUACGUAUUUACGGAAACGCCGUUAAUGACUUGACCGUACCAUAUUCUACCGCGCUCAUCGAACCCAUAGAUCCGUUUGUAGACCGUUCCAAGACAGGUAUCAACGUAGAAUUUGACCCGAAAUACGAGCCGAUAAUGCUUUCGUACAGUACACCCGAUACGCCCCCCGUCAAAGUCGUGCCAAAACCUCUGUCACCGGCGUGGUUCAAGAGUUUUAACCCGUCGCGAUUCCUCCCUCCGCCGCUUCAGUCGCUUAAGUUCCCGCUUAAUGUCCUCGCCUUGGUACUACUCCCGGUCCUCAUUCCAGCCUUCCUCUCCAUGAUCCUCGUCCGUCUCUCUCUCCACACCCGUUCCUCACGCGCACGUAUCCGACUUCUCGAAGGUAACGAAAACGCACUCGUGCACGCGGUCUCACGCUUUGAACGCGGGAUCGAAGAAGCAGUGGUAGAUGCUAUCGAGGACGACCAGGGGUCAACUCUCACUCCACCGAGGAGGGAGAAGUCUUUUACGGAUGUGAAUGGUGAAGCGUUGGACGCUUCGUCUUCUUGGUUCACUCCUCCGCCUGCCAAGACACAAAAGACUGCGGAUCACACCCGUACACCAUCCAAACCAAAAGCGAAAUUCGAACUCUCACUCUCCUCAGCUUCAACUUCCAGACCCGACUCCCCCCUCUCCUCUCCCACCUCCGCCUCCGCCCCACACUCCGAACUGCAUUCCGAACUCCACUCCGAAGCAGCCUCCGAAUCCGAAGAAGACAACGACGACACAGACUCCCUCGACACACUCUCCACACCGGACGCCCAACCCGUCCUAACCCCUCAACAACUCCAAAUGAUUCGCAAGUUGAACGCAUUACCGAGAAUGACGAAACAUCGUGCGUAUAUUGAUCCGUUGAGGAACUCACAUGCGACGAUUGUUGCGAGGGAUGUGGUUGGGUAUGCGUUUCAUAAGAGGGGGUGGGGAGUUUUGAGGCAUUGGGCGGAUGCGUUUGAGGUGUGAAGUGUGAGAUGUGACUCAUGAGAGAUGUGGAUUUAAUGCGUGGAUUGCGUGUGUGCGUGCAUACAUACACGCUGUAUACUCUGUGCUGGUUGGUGGGAUGCCGUUAUCAAUGCGUUGCAACCAGCGUACUACUGCUGGUCUGGUGAUAUGCAUAUUGAUACUUCCUGUCUUUACUCGCUUUCAUUUCAUUUCUAUGGUUCGUUCGGUCACUGUCCACGAUUCUAAUCAUUUACGUAGAGAAAAUACUGUAGAAGAUAAUUAUGGACUCCUUAUUCUCGUCUCGACUAGUAAACUAGCUCUAAUGAGUAUACCAUGUGUUAAUUCGAGCUAAUUACACUAAUAGUAUUA